GUCGUUGACAAUGAAGCGUGUGCUCAGCAAUGUUACUAGCACCACAUUUCGCUCUUUCUUCUUACUGAGCUUGUUGUUUCUCAUUGCAAGUUUGAGCACUUUAGCAAAUGCAAAAACUCACAACUAUGACUUCGUCGUUCAAGCAACAAAAGUUAAGAGACUAUGCAAAACUCAUAAUUCAAUCACAGUUAAUGGCCAGUUCCCGGGUCCAACCUUAGAAGUGAACAAUGGCGAUACUUUAGUGAUACAUGUUACAAACAAAGCUCGAUAUAAUGUCACAAUUCAUUGGCAUGGUGUUAGACAAAUAACGACUGCAUGGGCAGAUGGACCCGAGUUCAUCACGCAAUGCCCGAUUAGACCAGGAGGUAGUUACACUUACAGGUUCACAAUUUCAGGACAAGAAGGAACAUUGUGGUGGCAUGCACAUAGCUCGUGGCUUCGAGCCACAGUUUAUGGUGCUAUUAUUAUCCACCCAAAAGAAGGAUAUACUUAUCCGUUCCCUAAGCCACAUCGUGAAUCUGUCAUUGCUCUUGGUGAAUGGUGGGAUGCUAACCCGAUAGAUGUUAUAAGAGAAGCCACAAGAACCGGAGCAGCUCCAAAUGUUUCUGAUGCGUAUACCAUCAAUGGACAACCCGGUGAUCUCUAUAAAUGCUCUAGCAAAGAUACGGUCAAAGUACCGAUUAAUUCAGGAGAGACAAGCCUCCUUAGGGUCAUCAAUUCAGCCUUGAAUCAACAACUUUUUCUGAAAAUUGCCAACCACAAACUUACUGUGGUAGGAGCGGAUGCUUCUUAUGUAAAACCCUUCACAACCACAGUUCUCAUGCUUGGACCGGGCCAGACCACAGAUGUACUAAUCAAGGCCAACCAGCCAGUAGGGCGAUAUUACAUUGCUGCACGAGCUUAUGCCAGCGCACAAGGUGCUCCAUUCGAUAAUACCACCACCACCGCCAUCUUGGAGUACAAAAACACAACUUCCAAGCCCAUUAUGCCAGCUCUCCCGGCAUACAAUGACACUGCAACUGCCACUGCUUUCACCACCAGCUUCAGAAGUCUGGAAAAAGCUCUGGUUCCCACUAAAAUCGAUCACAAUCUCUUCAUUACCGCAGGACUUGGAAUCAACCAAUGCCCUCCAAAAACCCGGGCAAGAAACUGUCAGGCCCCAAAUGGGACCCGCUUCACCGCUAGCAUGAACAACGUGUCUUUUGUACUCCCAUCUAAUUUUUCCUUGCUUCAAGCAUAUCACCAAAAAAUUCCGGGAGUUUAUACCACUGACUUCCCUGCAAAACCUCCAGUGGCCUUUGAUUAUACUGGUAAUGUAAGUCGCUCUUUGUGGCAGCCCACUCGUGGAACGAAAGUCUAUAAGAUGAAAUAUGGGUCAACGGUGCAGAUAGUGUUGCAAGGGACAAACAUCUUCACAGCUGAGAACCACCCAAUCCAUCUUCAUGGAUAUGAUUUCUAUAUACUUGCAGAAGGAUUUGGAAACUUUAACCCAAAAACCGACACUGCUAAAUUUAACCUUGUAGAUCCACCUCUUCGAAAUACAGUUAGCUUACCUGUCAAAGGGUGGGCUGUUAUUCGAUUUGUUGCUGACAAUCCAGGUACCUGGAUUAUGCAUUGCCACUUAGACGUUCACAUUGGGUGGGGUUUGGCCACCGUAUUCAUUGUAGAAGAUGGACCUGGGCCAAUGCAAAAGUUGGAGAAGCCACCAGCAGAUUUACCAGUGUGUUGAAAUCAUUGACCGACAAAUUAUAAAGCACAAGCUAACAUUUUGUCAUCUAAAUUUAUAAGGGUUAUAUGUAUCCCUUCUCCCACAUUGGGUCUAGUUUCUAUCUUUGUUUAUGAUUCUUCCCUAUUGUUUUGCAAUUCAUUUUUUCCUGGCAUUUGUCAUUUGUAGUAGUCUGCAUGUAUGAAAACUAGUGAUGGACUUGGCAGAUAAACAUCUUGUACUUUUUAAUCAGAAAU